AUGGCAUCCUUGUUCGUUCGUAGCUCAGCCACAUUUUUCUUGACAUGCGUGUCUCUGCUUAGCCUGGUAACCUGCGAGCCAUGCUCCAACCGGAGCACCUCUAUCAACGGAAAGCCCUUUCCUCCGUUGAUCGAGGCGACCACAGAAAACCUCAUCGUCGGUCUGGAAUUAGGCCUUUUCACUAGUGUUGACCUCGUCAAGGCGUACACGGCUCGCAUUCUUGAAGUGAACGCGACCUUGCAUAUGGUCAUUGAGGUCAAUCCGGACUCUCUUGCAAUAGCUGCCGAACUUGAUGCUCAACGCGCGAAUGGCACUGUCCUUGGACCUCUUCACGGGAUUCCAAUCUUGAUCAAGAACAACAUUGCGACUGCCGACAAGAUGGACAACACGGCUGGAUCGUAUGCACUUGCUGGAGCAAAGGUUCCGAGGGAUAGUACAAUAGCAGCGAAACUCCGCAAAGCCGGCGCAGUAAUUCUGGGAAAGACAAACUUGUCUCAAUGGGCGAACUACCGAAGCUUCAACACCAGCAAUGGUUGGUCGGCCAUCGGGGGACAAACCCAAGGCGCUUAUUAUCCAGGCCAGGACCCUUCGGGAUCGUCUUCUGGCAGUGGUGUUUCUAGCUCUCUGGGUCUAGCUCUUGCAGCUCUCGGCACAGAAACCGAUGGCUCUAUCUUGUCGCCUUCAGAUGUCAACAACCUUGUGGGUAUCAAACCGACUGUCGGUCUUACGGCGAGAGAUCUGGUCGUUCCGAUAUCCGAGCACCAAGACACAGUCGGACCAAUGGCUCGAACGGUGAAAGACGCAGCCUACCUUCUUGCAGCAAUUGCUGGAAAGUCUCUAUAUGACAAUUACACUGACGCAAUUCCCUGGGACACGAUUCCUGACUAUGUGGCUGCCUGCAACUUUUCUGCCCUACGUGGAAAACGCAUAGGUGUUCCCAGGAACCUGAUUGACCUUUCCUCUGAUCCGGCCGCUGCACCUAUCGUCCCAGUAUUCAAUGCAGCGCUUGACAUCUUGCGAGCCGCUGGAGCGACUAUCGUCGACAACACAAACUUCACAGGCUAUGAUGCCUUGAAUGAAGGCAACUACAGCAAUAUCGUCCUUGAGGCGGACUUCAUCAGCGACCUCCCCAAGGAAUAUCUUUCCAAGUUAUCAUAUAACCCGAACAACGUUCAUUCAGUCGCCGACGUGCGAAACUUUACUCAUGACUUUGCCCUCGAAGACUGGCCUGAAAGAGAUACGUUGGUCUGGGAUGGCGCUUUAGAACUGGGCUAUGGCAAUACCUCUCCCGAAUUCUGGUCGAAUUAUACAAUGAAUACCUUCCUAGCUGGGGAAAUGGGAAUUACCGGGGCCUUGAAGAACUACUCCUUGGAUGCGCUGGUGUUGCCUACUGAGUUCUCGCCCAAUUUUCCAGCGCUGAUAGGGGCUCCUGUGGUGACAGUACCACUUGGUGCAUACCCGCAAAAUACCACUGUGCUCGUUAAUCAGUUCGGGAAUUUGAACGCCACAGCUCCGAACGUCCCCUUCGGCAUCAGUUUUAUGGGACCUCACUUCAGUGAGGAAAUGUUGAUCGGUCUAGCUUACGCUUUCGAACAGCGCACCAUGGUCCGAAAUACUAUCAUACCAUAUAUUCAGCCUACCACCGAGCUUGCUGACGUGGUACAUGCGCGGCAACAGGCGAAGAAGACAUAG